AUGAUUGGUCUGGCUGGUGGCGAAUAGGAUCGAGGAGAUGUGGCCGCCGGGUCGGGAGCAUCGAGCUGGGACACCAACCUCGGCGCCCGCUAGCUCCAAGGUACUAGGUUGCUCGCUCCCUCGCUCGCGGGGCCGACAGACAAAAGCUCGCCAAAUCAUGAAUCCAGCUGUACACGCUCUGACCAUAGCAACCUCUUAAAGCUCUAGGCAACGCACAUACCGCAACGCACGCACGACCACUCACCAAGCUCUCGCUGAGCGCUUUCUCCCUGCGGCUUUACUUCCCUGCGAUGUCUCCCGCGGCCCGCACCUCCGGCCGCCCGGCCGCCACAGCGCUGCUGCUGCUGGGGCUCGUGCUGUGCGCCUCCCUGCUUGGCCCCGCGCUGGCCAAGGAUCCCAAGUGCGAGGCGGCACGGUCCACGCUGACCAACAACCCUGAACUGAAGAAUUUCCGGGACUGCGCGGGGCAGAAGCCCAUCACUGCCAGCUGCUGCCGCAAGCUGCUGCCCUUCGCCCAGUACUACGACUGCCUGUCCGACCCCGACUACAAGAAGGAGGCCGACGCGUUCCUCAAGGGCGUGUCCAGCGUGGAUGAGGUCCAGUCGGAGUGCCUUGCCUAACGUCCAUUCCUGCUCUGCAAACACACAACCUCUCCAUCGCCUAUUGGGACUGCUCACGCACAGGGGUGUUGCGCUAUGUUGAGCAAGCCGCCAAGCCGUGUAAGAAGGGUCACGGUAUUUAGCGAGAAGACAUAUGAUUGGAUUUGUGGAUUGCAGGGGUUGAAAGGCAUAGGUUGAAGGGCAGAGCAUGAAUUGCACGGGUAAACUUGCAGCACACAUGUGAGGUGCAAAGAAGGUCAUAGCUCUGGAUCCAUGAACUUUAUGACGAGUCAUCUUGCCCUGCGGUACUGUGUAAUAUUGACUAUUG